GACCUGAGUGAUCAGAGCAGCGCUUCCUCAGUGAAGACCAAACCGAAAGUAACUCUGAGGAAAGUGACGGUAACAUGUCGCCAUCAUAGUCCGAGAGAAGAUCCCCCAGAUCAGCGCUCUGGACUCAACACGGUUGACUUUCACAUCCUGCUUAUAGGUUCCAUGAUGGAACCUCCUGAAUUCAGCAACGGAGAACCCAGCUGUGUGUCUGUGAAGAGUGACUGGUCAAUGGGGGAACCUCUUGGAUUCAGCAGAGGAGGAGGAGAACCCAGCUGUGCGUCUAUGAAGAGUGACUGGUCUAUGGUGGAGCCUCUUAGAUUCAGCAGAGGACGAAAACGCAGCUGUGUGUCUAUGAAGAUUGACAGGUCAAUGGGGGAACCUCUGGGAUUCAGCAGAGGAGGAGGAGGAGAACCCAGCUGUGUGUCUAUGAAGAGUGACUGGUCUAUGGUGGAGCCUCUUAGAUUCAGCAGAGGACGAAAACGCAGCUGUGUGUCUAUGAAGAUUGACAGGUCAAUGGGGGAACCUCUGGGAUUCAGCAGAGGAGGAGGAGGAGAACCCAGCUGUGUGUCUGUGAACCCAGAGCUGAACUCCACAGAAACAGCACUACAGAUAAACACUCUGGUGGAGGAAACUGAAGACCUUCAUCUGGAUUCUUAUCAACCAGUGAACGACGUCCUGAACAGAGUCUUAGAGACUCACAAAACCAGCAUGAAGAACAAGUACGAGAGCUUAUUUGAGGGAAUCAGAGCAGAAGAGAAUAAAACCCUCCUGAAGAGGAUUUACACACAGCUCUACAUCAUAGAGGGAGAGAGUGAAGGAGUGAAUGAGGAACAUGAGGUUCUACAGAUGGAGAAAACAUCCAGGAGACGCUUACAAGACUCUCCAAUCAACUGCUUAGACAUCUUUAAAGAAGAAACAGAAAAAGGGAACAUUAGAGCUGUGAGAGCUAAACAUGUCAGGCAAAAUGAAAGAAAAGAGGAUGAAGAACCAAAACAGCGAAAGAUCAAAACAGUUCUGACUAAAGGAAUCGCUGGAAUUGGAAAAACUGUCUCUGUGCAGAAGUUCGUUCUGGACUGGGCUGAAGGAAAAGCCAAUCAGGAUGUAGAGCUCAUGUUUGUGCUUCCGUUCCGGGAGCUGAACCUGAUUAAAGAUGAUCAAUACAGUCUUCAUGGACUUCUGUGUGGUUUCCAUCCUGAGCUCAAAUAUCUGGACCCAGAGAUUUAUGAUCAGAUCAAAGCUGUGUUUAUAUUUGAUGGUCUGGAUGAAAGCAGAAUUCCACUGGACUUUAAACAGUGUGAGAAAGUAUCUGACAUCACCAUGACAUCAUCAGUGGGUGUGUUGAUGACAAACCUCAUCAAAGGAGAGCUGCUUCCCUCUGCUCUGAUCUGGAUCACCUCCCGACCAGCAGCAGCCAAUCAGAUCCCUCCUAAAUACAUCAACCGUGUGACAGAGAUUCAGGGAUUCAGUGACCCACAGAAGGAGGAGUACUUCAGGAAGAGGAUCAGUGAUGAAGACCAAGCCCAGAGAAUCAUCUCCCACAUUAAGACAGUGAGGAGCCUCCACAUCAUGUGCCACAUUCCAGUCUUCUGCUGGAUCUCAGCCACUGUUCUUCAGAGAAUCAUGAAACAGCCUCAUAUAGAAAUCCCUAAAACUCUGACUGAAAUGUACUCACACUUCCUGCUCACUCAGACCAACAUGAAGAACGAGAAGUAUGAGGAGAAACAUGAGAGAGACCCAAAGAAGCUGCUGGAGUCCAACAGAAUCAUGUUUCUGAAACUGGCCAAACUGGCUUUCACACAGCUGAUGAAGGGCAAUGUGAUUUUCUAUGAAGAGGACCUGAGAGAGAGCAGCAUUGAUGUCACUGGGGCCUCAGUGUAUUCUGGGAUUUUCACUGAGAUCUUUAGGGAGGAAUGUGUGCUUUUCCAGAAGAAGGUCUACAGCUUUGUUCAUCUGAGCUUUCAGGAGUUUCUGGCUGCUGUUUUUGUGAUUCACUGCUACGAGAAUAGAUCACUGACACUUUUUAACCUAAUAUGCAGAGGGUGGUCUGAGAAUGUUUCACUGGAUGAUCUGCUGGAAGGAGCAGUGAAUAAAGCCUUAGAGAGUCAGAAUGGACACCUGGAUCUUUUCCUGCGAUUCCUGCUGGGAAUCUCACUGAAGUCCAAUCAGAGACUCCUACAGGGUCUACUGACACACAUACAGAGACAACCAGAGAGAAUUAAAGAGCACAUCAAGGACAUAAUAAGAGAUACAUCUAGACAAGAUCACAUCUCAACUGAGAGAUCCAUUAAUCUGUUCUUCUGUCUGUCUGAAAUGAAUGACCAGACUCUCUUCAGACAGAUUCAGGAGUAUCUAAAAUCAGAGAAACACUCAGAGCAGAAACUCUCUCCUGCACAGUGUUCAGCAGUAGCCUAUAUGAUCCUGAGCUCAGAGGAGGUUCUGGAUGAGCUGGACCUGAAGAAAUACAGGACAUCAGUGGAGGGUUAUAGGAGACUGAUCCCAGCUGUGACCGUCUGCAGAAGAGCUAUAUUAGCAUCCUGUAAUCUUGGUGGCAAAGUUUGCGAAAUGCUCAGCUCUAUUCUGCAAUCAUCAAACUCCUCUCUGAAAGAGCUGGACCUCAGUAGCAAUGACCUCCAGGACUCUGGAGUGAAGCUGCUCUCAGAGGGAUUGAAGAGUUCACACUGUAAACUGGAAAUACUGAGAUUGUCUGGUUGCAUGGUGACAGAUGAAGGCUGUUCUUCUCUGGCUUCAGCUCUGAAAUCAAACCCCUCCCAUCUGAGAGAACUGGAUCUGAGCUACAAUCACCCAGGAGAGUCUGGAGUGAAGCUGCUGUCUGAUCUACUGGAGGAUCCACACUGCGCACUGGAGAAACUACAGGUGAAUCAUGGAGGGAAGAUCAGUAUGAAACCAAGACUGAAGAAAUAUGCUGUUGAUCUCACUCUGGAUCCAAACACAGUGAACAGUGAACUCUCUCUGUCUGAGAGGAACAGAAAGGUGGAGUUUGUGGAUGAAGAUCAGUCGUAUCCAGAUCAUCCAGACAGAUUUGAUGACCAUUCUCAGGUUCUGAGUGUGGAGAGUCUGACUGGACGCUGUUACUGGGAGGUUCAGUGGAGCGGAGAGGCUGAUAUAUCAGUAUCAUACAGAGGAAUCAGGAGGAAAGGAUACAGUGAUGACUGUGAGUUUGGACUCAAUAAUCAGUCCUGGAGUCUGAUCUGCUCUGAUAACAGUUACACUGUCUGGCACAAUAGACGGGGAACUGACCUACCUGCCCCCCCCUCCCCCUCUAACAGAGUAGGAGUGUAUCUGGACUGGGGGUCCGGCGCUCUGUCCUUCUACACCAUCUCACCUAACACACACACACUGACCCACCUACACACAUUCACCACCACAUUCACUGAGCCGCUCUACGCUGGAUUCGGUAUUUAUCCUGAGUCCUCAGUGAGUCUGUGUGACACAGAAUAACCUCCAGUGUGUGUGUGUGUGUGAGACAGAGAGAGAGAGAGAGACAGAGAGAGAGAGAGAGAGAGACAUUGAGAGAGAGAGAGAGAAAGAGAGAGAGAGAG